AUGAAGCUGCUCUCCCUCCUCGUCGGCGCCAGCCUCGCCGGCCUUGGCCUCGCCGCCCCUGCCAUGGCGCCCCAUCAGAUCAUCAAGACGGACGACGGCACCACCUUGGUCAGAACCAACAUCAUCAGGGUCCACGUCCCUCCGAGCCUGCCCGACACGUCGUCGUCGCCACGGCCCAACUCGGUGGCCCUGGCCGUGUCCAACUUCGCCUCGAACACACUCAACCUGCUUCGCCUCCCCGGAACGACCCGUCGCCGGACGCCCGUCUUCACCAACGACGUCAGGGCAGCCAUGGCCGUGGCUGACGCGAAUGGCGACGUCGUGUACGGGAGCUACGGUCGAGCCGACGACGGCGCCUGGGGUCACCUGUACAGGAGGCCCUUUCACAUCUGCUCACGGCGCCUGAGCUUGCGGGAUGCGAUGCCUUUCAUCGUCCUCGCCCUCUUCUUCUCCGUCUUCAUCACCUGCUCGCUGUGGACGAGGUCCGGGCUGGACGAGGAAGCCGACCCCUUGUUCGAUUCCGACGAGGCCAAAAAGGGCCGUCUCGCGCGGAAGCUGGACCAUGUCGAGUAUCUUUCCGAGAGGGAUCCGGUUGAUCCUACCGAGGAGGCCAAAAUUUUCCUAUGA